AUGCCGGCCACGUUUAGCCAGUGUUUUCCCGAUCCCCUUUCCAGUCAGUGGCCCGCUACGAACCAUCCAGUGCUAUGCGAGUGCCGGCAGCUGUACGUGCUUGUCUCAGUAUGUUGUUGCGUGCCAUCCGCACACCUUCUUGUACUUCAUGACGGGGCUUGUAACACCACCGUGACAUCGAUGCCGAAGGGGCCAACGUACUUGGAGCUGCGACUCACCGAACAAACCAGUAGUGAAACCUUCUGCAGUUUCGUAUCCCGCGCAGAAACCGCUAGUUCUACCGGUAACAAUAUCGUAGAGGGGAAACAACGGCCUGUGAAUAUUAUCUGCUUAACUGGCCUGGCUGCCGCUACACCCUCCGUGCAGUCCGCAAUCAUGGAUGUGCUGCAGUUCUCCGUUGUCCGUGUGGGUGGGGAGGUUCGACGCGUGCCUUCUUUGCGUAUUGUGGCGUACUGUGACGCCCGUGUAUUCGCAACGGCAGUCCCGGAAUGGUUACGUGCAGGUUUCGCACUAUCCACGUACAUGUCAUCGUUCACCAUGGAAAGUGCUGCGGUUAUUCAGUCUACAGACAAUGAUGAGUCAAACGUCGUCAAUAGGCGCAAUAUGCUUGAAGUGAUGCUCUCAGAGGAUGGUUGCGAGCUGGUGGACACUGUGACGCUCUCUUGUGAGGUAUCCCGCUACUUGCGGCACCUUUUAAUCGUGUUGCGCGGUGCCAUGUUGCACCAUAGCGUACCGGGAUGCUACAUUCCGGGGAGAGUCCCGUUGCUCUUUCGAUUGUUGAAAGUUGUGGCGCUCCUGUUCGCACGACCUCUCUUGUCCCGUGCUCGUGAGCCCCCCUUCUCACUUCGCAGCCCUGCAUUGUUGAAGUACCAGAGGCAGCAGCGGCAGGAACAACUCCCACGUGACACUACUCCGAUUACAAGCUUCGUCCAUGUCAUGGUGUCCCCUGCGCACGUGAUGGGUUUACUGUGUCCAAUGGUGGCGCACCUCUUCACAAUACGCCGAGAGAUGGCAACCACUCGGAUUGGUGACAUCGUGCACGGCUACACCAAUAGUGGCCAUUUCGUUCCCAAUAUAAUGAUUAGUGCUGGAGGUGGGGACGGUGUCAGUGGCAACAGUAAUAGCAAUAGUGUGGAAAACGAUGACAACAGGGCAGGAGGUGAGCUGUCGUUGACGGUGUUUGAAAUGUUGGACAGUGUGGCUCUGCGGUGGCUGUCACAAGAAGCUGGCCAGAGAGAGACAGAGCAGAAGACGGCGGGUAGGGGAAUGAACGGUAUUAGAGGCUCGACGAAUGUGGGGUUGCACGCCUCACGUGAAUCGUUGGACAAAGUUUUGUCCUACCCUGAGUGUCGGGAGUUGAUUUGUGUUACUGUUAUAAAGCAUAGUGCCCCACCCAGUGGGUAA